AUGGCCUUCUCGCGCUUGAAGCUGCAGCAGUCCUCCCUCGACUCCUUCUUCCGGAAGGACCCCAGCGGCGGCGGGGCUGCCACGAACACCAACCCACACCCCACCGCCCACGCCCCUCAGGUUUCUUGCUCCGCCAUUGACGGCGGCUCUGCAUCCUCUUCCUCUGUUUCCGAUGCCAGCAUCUCCGAUGCCGCGGCGGAGUACGAGAGGGCUCGUCUGGAGAACAUCCGCCGGAACCGAGAUUUCCUCCUGAAUCUGGGAAUUUCCGCCGGCGUCGAGGCACCGAAGCCAGAUUUGCGGCGCCAGGCCAGACGGAGUCUCAGAGCGCCGCCGUCGACUUCUCUUUCUCUCCGACGGAGCGCCAGAAAACGCCCCUUCGGAAGCUCCUCACUAGAGUUGAAGGAAGAAGAAAAGAUUGAGCCUGUUGAACCCCCUGCCCUGACAUAUGUUGAUUCUUCCGUCUUCCAAUACACCUGCGAGAAUGCCUGUAGAGACCUUCCAUCUAUUUUAUCAUCAUCAUUUUCUUGUUAUUCACCGGCUUCGGGAUUCAGGAUCACUGGAAAAUCGCUCCAGAGCCGUUCCCUGACGAAAAUCUACACGAUGGAUGCCCGCUGUGUGAACGACAAUAAAGUGCUGAUCGCGGCGGGUGGCCACGGAGGAAUGAUUUCUGUUUUUGGAGUAGAUAUGAUUGAAGAUGAUGACGAUGCUCGUCGUGAGGGCGCAUCUGAGAGAGAGAUAGAGGGGCCACUCCUCAGCUGGAAGGCGAGCAAGAGCUGGGUGUCGGGUGUGCUCUUCUUAGAGGAUAAUCCAAUGCUUCUAGUAUCGAGCUCAAAUGAUGGUGGAGUUGUCGUCUGGGACGUAGGCAAGCAGCCUUCGCUGGAAUCGCCAUCCUGGUCCCCCCCUGUAGUCGGUGAAUCGACGAAGCUGCACUCUGGAGGCAUUUUCUCCAUGCACCAUCUGGGGGACUCAAUCGUCACAGCUUCCAAGGACUCUUCCGUUGGAAUCUCCAGGCUUGGAGCGGAUGGAAAGCUGAUUGUGGAACGAACAAUCUCAGGCCAUCAUUCGGGAGUAAUAAGAGGCGUCUGCUUUGGGUACUUAGACUCUCUGAUUCUACGAUGGACCACACGACAGAUUUCAGCAUCUAAAUUUAUUUAA